CAGAUUCGAAUUCCUGAGGUCAAAAUACGUCAGAAAACUGUAUUACAAUUAACUUUCUGACUACUUUACUUUUGGCCCGAAAAUCAACAUUCCAAAAAGAUUGUUUCCAAUGGUAUUCUUGCAUUUUGGCCCUAGGAAUCCGAAUCCACAAGCUAAAUUGAUCCAUUUAUAAGAAUGGCUCGAUUUACUCAUCGGAUUCGUAUUUGAGUGAUCAAUGGUAGUGUUUAGCUCGUUUACAAAACACCAUAAGAGAUAUAGAAAUAAAAUUAAAAGAGAAAAAACGUAUGUAACGUCAGUUGACUGAUUACCUGCACUACCGAACGGUAAAUGUUAUUCACCUCUUUAUAUAAUUAACGGCAAUGAAUAUAAUCGCAUCGUACGAGAAAAAAAAAUAUAAAUUUCAAUAUAGUACAGAAUAUCCAUAUGCCUUCAAGUGGCUCGGAUUUCGAAUGGGAAGAAAAAAAAAUUAAAUAAAUUCAAAACCUUUCGCAAGGUGUGUUAUAAGUUUGAUUUACCUGAAGUAGUGAAACGUAUUAUAAACGGUAUAAAGAAAUGAGGGGUAGGGGUACGAGUAUAAGCUGGCUACUCUCGUAUGAACACCUAUAUAAGGCUCAAAGAUUCAGCAUGGAUGUCGCAUCUUCAUCUACAAGACAUGUUACUAUUUAAUCGCUCAGCGGAUAGACUAUGAGCCUACGAUCUUUCCUAGUGUUCUUCGAUCUGAUCAAAAUUGUGGUUCGUAGUGAAAUUUUAUAAAGUUCUGGUACGGGAUUCGCGGUACCGCGCGCACUCUGUUCAAAAAUUUGAAAGGAUCAUCUCAGCCGCAGGAAUACUCAAGGAUGAUACACAGGGUCUCGUCAUCGCGGUGGAGUCGCUUGGUACUUUUGGUUUUUUGCCUGACCACGAGGACGCGGUCCUGUUGCGGUGACAAGCUAUUACCGGACUUACAACCACCUUUAUUCGCCACACAUUCUGGGGGUCUUAUACUAGAUCCACCGCAUAAGAAUGGUGCAAAAACUCACCCUGCAAUUUUGCGUCAGACAAACCAUCCAAACAUCGGGGACGGAGAAUAUUCCUUCAGUUUCGAAACAGAAGAUGGGGUGCAGCGAGAGGAAAUAGGGAAGCAGAAGAGGGUGGGCGACGAAAUCAUCACCGUAGUCCAGGGAAGGUUUUCCUAUAAAAGUCCUGAAGGUUUAGCAAUAGAUGUUCGAUACACAGCUGAUGAGAACGGGGCAAGAUCGAGUUUUACGUUCGGAACGGACCCAGGACGAUGGAAGCCAACAUUCACACUUCCCGGGUUACCGGGGUCAGUUGGGGACAAGGGAAAGUUGAGGUCGCAAAGUGGCGACUCAGAGAGAGGAUAUUUGCCGCCUCCGACAUCGACUUCGAAACCGGCGAAGGUUAACAACGAGUACCUACCGGCUACGAAGAGGCAAAUCCCCUCUAUCGACUCUAGCCGUUAGCGCGACUUACCAACAUCCAUUGAAAGUACAAAGCAGGUCGAUUUAACUCAUUGUCGGCAUAAGCCCUUCAUAUCCAAUUCGCGAUAAAAAAAAAAAAACCCUUUUAAUAC